AUGCUCCCCUCCGAUUUGGACCCCAAUUCUGGUACUGUGACUCAAAGUACUACAGCAAGCACUUCAAACACAUCAGAGCCCCACCUUGAAUGCCGUGGUGUGAACGGUAUACGCGCUUCUGGGCAUUGCAAGCAAUGUUUGAGGCGAUGUCCCAACAAAUUGUGUCAACAGUGCUGUCGCUCUACCAGUCAAACCUGCUCCCAUCAUCACACAAAAGAAGUGUCUUCAAUGACUUUGACUGCACCUAUUCCAUCACAAUCGAGAGAUCUGCUUUUGGAUUCCAACAAUUAUCUUACAAGUGAACAGGAGCAACGUCGUGUGGUUAACCGUAUGAUUAAUCCUCAAGCUGAUCGACAUGCUAUCAAGGAUCUACCACGCGAAGCUGUAGCUCAUCAUAAUGCUGUUCAAUUACGUACACAAGCAGCUAAAGAUGAUGUGGCUCCGCACGAAUUGACCCUUUGUGUAUGGCUAAAGGAUGGUGAAGCUUUGGAAAUACCAGUUACAGCUCUGAAUUUCCCCCGAUAUGCAUUGAUUGAGAGUCGCUCCUUAGCCCAAAUAGCACGUGACCAGUUAGGUCCUUCAUGGGAUCUUCAACUGGAGGUACUCAGACCUGGUUCCUUGAAAUGGCAAAUUGUCGAUGCAAAUAUCCCCUUGAUGUAUACCUCCGAGACAACCAAGUUGUUAAUUCGUAAAAUGGGGCUUCCACUUGAGAGCUGUGUUGGUAUUGACGCUGCAAUCGAUUCGUUCAAAACCAAAACCAAACCAAAAUCAUAUGGUAUCAGUCAAUGGCUUCAACCGGAUGCGCCGAAGGGAAUUUGGGAACGUUCUCGAGAUGGUUUAGCAAGUACUACAUCUACUUAUAAUAUUUCUAAUAUUGAAUCAGAUUCAGACCCAGAGGUCGAGAUUAUUGGCACAUCAAAACGAAAGAAGGAAUUCAAUGAAGACAUAGAAAGUUCACCUUUAGCCAGGAAGAAGGCACGAAGCCUCCAACCCUUCCCUGCUCCUAGAGGAUUUGUGAAAGGCCAUGCCAAAGUGGUAUGGCAUGAGCUUUUUAGUGAUCGCUUCGAAACUGGUCCAUCAAUGAGGACCGCCUAUAAAUAUCGGAGAUGGGCUCUAGACAAAGAAGAAACAUUGCGAGAGUGGAUGAAAGGCAAGGAGGAUGUCACUGUAGCAGAAGCUUAUCACAUGUUUGGUCCUGCUUAUCCAGGUUCAGAUUGUAAACAGACCAACGCGAUUUUAGUUGAAUAG